UGGCCAUUUCUGCGAUCCAAAAGCCUCAAACACCAUCGGCGAUAGAUCUUCCCCCUGCCAUCGUUUUCUUACUACAUUUCAAUUCUAGAAUCGAAACCCAUUCGAUUGCUGCACCUCACUUUACUGCGUGUCUUCCAAUUUCAAAUUGUUAGUUAAUUAAUUAGCGCGAAUCCACUGUGGAAACCCUAAAUUCCCAAAUUCUGUCCGCUCCCAAACCCCAUGGCCUCGAGAAAGAAGCAAUCCGAAGCCAUGGCUUUGCUGGUGUCCAAUUACAACGAUGAGGAAGAGGAUGAAGACAUGGAGGAUAUUGAACAAGACCUAAAAGAAGAAGAAGAAUACGAUGAAUAUCAAGAACGACGAGAACAGCGAGAAUACGACGAUUACGGAGAGCUGAGAAGAAGCUCGGAAGAUGCUUCAAUGGUAGACAUGGAUAGAAUAGUAGCUGGUGAUUCUGGUAACGACGAUAGCGCACCGCCUAAUGCUGGCGAUAAUGAGAAUUUGACUCCGAAUGAAGUUCAAUUUCGUCAUUCAACGCCGCAACUACGACAGCCGGUGCCGUCGGAUAGUUUAAAUAGAAGUAGGAGAGGGGCGCUUACGAUUGUGGACUAUGGGCAUGAUGAAGUUGCUAUGUCUCCUGAGCCUGAGGAAGGUGAAAUAGAAGGAAGUGGUCGCGUGAGGUUCGGUGCAGAUCUUUUAUCUGCUAAUGGUGAUUUCCACGAUAAGACACCUCCUGGAACAGUUCACAUCCUAACACCUCUCAAUCAAGCGACUCCUCAGUUAUCUGAACCAUCUCAAUCUGAUACAAUGAACGAUACUGCACUUGAAUCAGAGGGUAUAGAUGCUGAACAGGCUGUUGCAGAAGAGCAAAAAGAUGUUGAUCCGUUAGAUAAGUUUCUCCCGCCACCAGUGAAAGCCAAGUGUUCAGAGGAGCUGCAAAGGAGGAUAAAUAAGUUUCUUGAAUUAAAGAGAUCUGGGAAAAGCUUCAAUGCAGGAUUGCGCAAUAAGAAGGACUAUAGAAACCCAGACUUUCUAUUGCAUGCAGUGAGGUAUCAAGAUAUUGAUCAGAUAGGGUCUUGCUUCAGUAAAGAUGUAUUUGACCCUCAUGGAUUUGACAAAAGCGACUACUAUGAUGAAAUAGAGGCUGAGAUGAGGCGUGAUAUGGAAAGGAGAGAUCAAGAAAGGAAGAGGAGUCAAAAGAUUGAAUAUGUUUCAGGAGGAACACAGCCUGGAAUAGUUGGUGCUGCACCUAAAAUUAACGUACCUGUUCCAGGUGUUUCGACCAUGGCUGCUUCUGGAUUGAACUCCUUGCCGCCUGCUCCUGAUGUCAUGCCACGGGACGGUAGACAGAACAAGAAGUCAAAGUGGGAUAAGGUAGAUGGUGAUCGAAAGAAUCCUCUUCCCUCUGGAGUGCAGGAUUCUAUGUCCACUGUGGGGACUCAAGCAACACUCUUAUCUUCUGGUGCUGGAUACAUGGCCUUUGCGCAACAGAGACGGAGAGAGGUGGAGGAGAAACGAUCUGGUGAAAGGAAGUUAGACAGAAGAUCUUGACCCGUUUCAUGUAUUUCUUCCUAGCAGCAGGGACGGAGAGAAGUGCAGGCAGCAUAUACACCAUUUCACCUUUAGUUCCAAUGCCAGGGGGCCUGUAUUUUUGUUAUGAAUAACACAUCUUGUACAUGGUCAGAAUGAAAUCCGCUUGAUGGCUGUUACAGUUUGAGGGAGGUCAAGGGCUUCAUCAAUUAAGUAAUCAAGUUUACCGAGUUAUCGAUUGCUUAAGGUCUUAAUUUUCCAUUGUGGUGCUGUUUAGAAAUUGAUGAGCUAUUCUUUGUGUGAAAUAAAAAUAAAGGAUCCCAAAAACCAAA